UCUCUCUCUCUCUCUCUCUCGUCUCAUUGGCUCUGUCCUUACCUCAGAAGCAGUCAGCGAUCACAUAACAGAGGCAAGAUCCCAGAGAAUGUCAGGACCUCAAUGCUGCGAGAACCCUCCGACUCUCAACCCAGCCAGCGGCCAAGGCCAUGUUGAGGAGCUGGGUGGCCUCAAAAGCUACGUCUCUGGUUCCUCCGACUCCAACCUCGCCAUCGUCCUCGUCUCUGAUGUGUUUGGAUAUGAAGCUCCAAACUUGAGGAAGCUUGCCGACAAGGUUGCUGCUGCUGGGUUUUAUGUGGUUGUUCCCGAUUUUUUUGGUGGGGAUCCUUUUGUACGUGAAAAUGCCGAAAGGCCCAUUAUGGAAUGGCUAAAGGAUCAUGGAACUGAUAAGGGAUAUGAAGAUGCAAAGCGAAUAGUUGAAGCUGUGAAAGGUAAAGGUGCAUCUGCAAUUGGGGCUGCUGGCUUUUGUUGGGGAGCUAAGGUUGUGGUUGAGCUGGCAAAGACAGGGGCCAUCAAAGCUUCUGCGUUAUUACAUCCGUCAUUCGUCUCUGUGGAUGACAUCAAGGUUAUAUGCAAUUUUGCCGGAGUUAAGGCUCCAAUAGCCAUAUUAGGAGCUGAGAUAGACCGUAUGUCACCACCGGAACUCCUGAAGCAAUUUGAAGAGAUUCUAGCUGCCAAAUCUGAGGUUGAUGCACAAGUGAAGAUAUUUCCGAAAGUUUCCCAUGGGUGGACCGUCAGGUACGAUGUCGCUGAUGAAGAAGCGGUGAAGUGUGCCGAGGAGGCGCAUUCAGAUAUGCUAGAGUGGUUUGCAAAGUUUGUGAAGUGAGGGAAGUCUCUGGUAUCCGUUGAACCCCUAAUCCCUUGCACGUGACUACUUGUGUAAUAAAGUGGAUGCUGUUUACUUUCUACAUUCUGUGAUCGCCAAGAAAAUGGAGAAAGCUAGUGGGGAUUUUGUUUUCUGUUUCUGCAUCUCAACUCAAGUUCUGCCAGAGA